UAGAAGCCCAAGUGUCACAAUUGUAAUUGAGUCGCUCACACAGAUGUCAUUUUCUGCUUGCCAGAAGAGCUCGGUCCAAAUAUUAUUUUCUUUUUAAAAACUGGAUACUCCUAAGACAAAGGAGGAGUACCGGGGAGGGAGAAAGUUAAGGUGUGAGACUCAGAGAGAAAUAGAAUUAUUUUAACAUAUACAGGACUUCGUCUCAUAGUCUGCUUGAUCUUUUGUAAAGAUCUAAUCAAAAAAGGAUUAUCAUCAUCAUGUCCAGAACACAGUCUCCAGAGUCUUCCAAAGAAGAGAGCAAAAAGAAACCAGUUUUGGGAAAGCUUGGAAAUUUGUUUAGUACAGGGAGGAGAAAAAAUGCCAAAAACUCAGUAGACCCUUUUACAAGUCCAAAUAUCAAAAGUGGGAUAUCAGCUUCACCUCAUAAGGAUACAGCUUCACUUAAAUCAAUAGAGAAUGAAGACCUAAAGAAAGAAGAAGGUAGAGCUUCACAAGUGCAGGAGGCAAGAAGUUGGAAUGCUCUUGCAGAAACACAAGAAUAUUAUGAGGAAAUAACAUCUUUGAGUGAGGAUAUUAUUAAAGCAUGGAGCAGCAAGGAAGCCUUUUCUGAUAUUGAGAGGUCACCUGAUUGGAACAGUAGCAAUGAAGAAAUAAACACAUUAUCUGAAAGUGACCUUACAGUGGAGACAUUGGAACUAAAAAAAGAGCCUGUUGUAGACAUUACUAAUUCCACAACACCAGAUUUCAUCAAAAGUUUGAAUAAUUUAUCUAGUGAAGACUUAGAAAAAAACAUAUUAAAUCAUAAGCAACUAGUUAAUUUGCAAGGAUCUGCACAGCCUGAGUGUGCGGUAUCAAAGGAAUUACCACACUGUUUGAAAUCCAAAUCAGCUGAGCAUGUACAUCCUGCUAGAAUUCUAACAUUGGAUAUCUAUCUUAGUAAAACAGAAGAAAUACCUUCUGAUGAAUCUGUGAGUUUAUCAGAAGAAGUUUGUGGUGACACAGAUACAAUGGAUAAAAAAUCUGGUAGGAGAUCUGGAAGGAGGAGGAAAUCUCAAUCCUCAAGUGAGACACUAAAUGGAGAGAGAAAUCAGACUGAGAAUACUGCAAAAGAAGAUUGUGAUUUUGCUGGUGAUGUUCCUUCUGAAGUGGCUUCAGAAAAGAUAAUCAACUCAGAAAGAAAAGUUAAAUCUCCUCCACAGACUCCUGAACGGAAUUCUUCUUCGAGUAACCAGGACUUAAAAAAUGGAUCUAACCACAGGGGGCUGCCUAAAACUGAAUCUGAGAGAGGCAAACAGCAACUCCCAACUUCAGCCCCUUCCAGGAGAAGAUCACUUAAAAAGAAUCAGUCUGAUGCAGUCCCUGUUUCUCCCACUGGCUUGAAGAAUCCAGUAAAAGAUUCUUUACCGAAAAAGCAGUUAAUACAACCUGUGGCAUCAGCAGAAGGUGGUAACCCAGCAACUAAAAGUACUUCAGUGGAAAGGGGAGCUGUAGCUGUACCUUCUGGUGAAAGGAAAACAGAGACCUCCACGGUUUCCUCUAUCAAUGACAAAGAGAAUACCACUUUACUUUCUGAAAGUAAAACUGAAUUCAAGACAGCAAAACAUGUCAAUAGCUCUGAAGGAACAAAUUACUUGCAUACUGAAGGGAUUCACAAUGGAGAACUAAGCAGAUCCACAGAAAAUGAAGCAAGUUCUGAUGUAGACAGCACAAAGCUAAGAAAUUUAUGUUUGGAUGUUUCAAGAUCUACAGUUACAACAAAAAUUAACCUUCCUGCCAAGCCCAAGAAUGUAGACCUGAAUUUUAAAGCUCCUAAAAGUCCUGCAGACCUAGGAAGUAAGCACGAUUCUCUUGAAAAACCAGUUAAUAAAAUUAACAGCAGCAUUGCCAACAAAAUUUCCUUGUUUGAAAAUAAACAUGCUAAUCAGUGCCAGCGACCCACUGAUGUCCCUGCUUUGAAAAAUAACACUGUAUCAAAUACGUUCGUUGGUAGAGCAAAGCUGAAAUUUGGAAAACAACCCCAGGAAUAUAAACAAAUGGAUAAAAUAAUUAAUAAACAAAACAAUCACCAGAAGUUACCAGAAAAUGCAUCACGGACUAAAGAGAUCUCAGCAGAAAUAAAGACCAAACUUGAAGAAGGCUCUCAAGCAGGAACUUCAGUUAAUGAGAAGGUUGAAAAGGCACUAGAACUUACAAAAGGAAAAGUUGCAGGAUCUCCUUUUAAUCAAAUAAGUAAAGCAGAUGCUAAUGCUUGCUCUUUAAGACAAACUGAUGUAGACUCUACAACAGUUAUAAAAGACAGUUUGUUACCUAUAACAUCUUUACAACACUCCAACAAAAAUGAAAUUUUAAUAGAUGAUGCUAAUGGAGCAAUUAAUGGAAACUUAGAAUCCUACCACCAAAGUGAAGAAAAAAUAUUAUUGCCAAACAUUGAGCUCUCCUCUCCUUCUAAAGAAAACAGUCCCCUAAAAUCUAAUGUAGAUUCCAAAGAAUCAGAGCAGAAUGUGCUUUCUCAGAUACAAAAUGAAUGGGAAAAAACAGAAACAGGAGAGCCAAUCUAUACAAACAUGCAGUGUAACAAAGGCAGUGUAGAAAACAUACAGACAUUAGAGCAAAAUAUUAUCAAUAUGCAGCAAAGCCCAAGUAACACUGGGAAUAUUUAUCCUGGUAAUGAUGAGAAUAUUUCUGAUUCCCCUUCUGACAUGAAAACGUUUACUGAAACUAUCAAAAAUCUAGACAGCUCAGUUUGCAUACCCCAGAAGAAGAAAAGGCCAAAGCUUCCAAAGUCCCCUGCGCCCCAUUUUGCAAUGCCUCCAAUUCAUGAAGACAACUUAGAGAAAGUAUUUGAUCCCAGUGUAUUUACAUUGGGUUUGGGAAUAAAGAGGGGGAAAACACAGGAUCUGGCACCGGCGCUACAACUUAAAAUGCACAACAGGGAUAGUACAGAUGGUGAAAUUAAGAGGUCCCGUCUGGAAAAGAGCACAGUUUUCUCAAGCUUGCUGUCACCUACAGUUAAAGAAAAUAUCUUUACUCCCUCUGUAACCUCUGUAAAUACCAUCACAACGACUUUUGCAACGGACUCUACACGGAUGCCUGCUUUACAACUUGAUGCAGCCAAACCAUUUGACGUGCCUCAAAACUCGGAGUCUCUUUCAGGUAUAAAAGUCCCAAGUUACACGGAAAAAUCUUUGCAAACAGAUGAUGUGAAAGAAGAACUUAAUUCACAAAGGCCAAACUAUGGAAGUACUGACACAAAUUUCUUAAGCUGGUUAAAGCCUAACCCGUAUGAAUCAAAUAUCCCUUCUAGCUUGCUAGGUGGGGAGGCCUUUUCAGGAAAUAGCCAAAAUAAAAUCAAUCCUAGACCUGGCAAGAUGGUGAUCUAUAGUGACUUAAACUCUAAGAAGAAUGGGAUAGAAGUUUUUAGUGAUGUUUUGGAUUGCAGCUCUUGGGAGCUAUCAUCAAUUAUUUUAGUUAAAGUCGUCAGAGGAUGCUGGAUUCUCUACGAGAAGCCAAAUUUUGAAGGACCCUCUAUCCCACUGGAGGAGGGAGAACUGGAACUUGCUAAUAUUUUUGAUGAAAAUACUUCUGAAGAAAAUGAUGAAGAAAAAUCUGCUAAGCCUACAGUGAUUGGUUCAAUUAAACAUGUAGUAAAGGCAAGUAUAAUCUAUUCUUGUCAAUGCAUAAAUAUUUUUCAGCUUGUUUCCUCUGUUGGCAUAAAUAAUUCUGAUGUCAAGAAAAUGAUUUAUUAGCAUUCCACACUUAUC